AUGUUAGGCCGCCUUCCAACUGGCGAAGGCUCCGUUACAUUAUAUACGGCAUUGAAUUGCAGCGUCUUCACGAAAAAGUCGGACUCCACAGCCAUGAUGCCAGCCAUCAGAACAACCACCGCCAUAAUCGCGGUGGCGGCCGCCUUGUUCGCAGCGGCGGUGGCGCAGUCGCCAGCGCCGGCCCCACAAUCUUCGCCAGAGGCGGCAGCGCCACAAUCGUCGCCAGCAGCGGCGCCGGAAGUAGCAAUUCCGCCGCCAGAAGGGGAGGCGCCGGGGCCGUCGGGGUCGUCGGACUGCCUGACUUACCUGUCGAACAUGUACGACUGCCUGUCGUACGUGGAGGAGGGGAGCAACGAGACGAAGCCGGCAAAGGCGUGCUGCCCGGAGCUGGCGGAGCUGGUGAAGAGCCACGUGAUCUGCCUGUGCCAGCUGCUGGGCGGCAACAUCAGCGAGACCAUUGGGAUACAGAUCAACGUCACCAAAGCUCUCAAUCUCCCUUCUGUCUGUGGCGUUCAGACUCCUCCUGCCAGCUACUGCGCAGCUUUCGGAUAUCCAGUAGCAGGAGUUCCAGUGCCAAGUGAAGCUCCUUCGCCAUCAACAGGAGGAGGAUUGGCACCUUCAUCUGGAAUCAAUGGCAAUGGAGCCUCAGCAGCAGCCACUGCAAUGUUCUCUGGGUCUGGGCCAUGCUUCCUUCUGGGCUUAGCAGCAAUUGCAUCCCUCACAACUCUCCUCUCAUUCUGAUUCUGAUUCUGAAUCUUCAAUUUUUUUUCUCUUUUUGAGCUUAAUUUCAAUACUGUUUGAAGCUACUCAUUCCAAUUUCUCCAUUCUUCUAGUAUUAUAUUAUAUUUUAUUAAUUAAUGUAACCACAUGAUAUUCCAUGCUUAAUUAGCUACUUAUUUCAAUAA